CUGAUAUUCCAUCGGCAUAUAUUGUCUAGUUGCCGGUUACUUUGACCCGGAAUCGUUAUAAUUACUCGGUGCCCCUCCGGCAGAGUGAAGGACUGUUUCCCGCCGAACAAGAGAACUGCUCACCCCGGGAAAAUACGUCUGUCCUCCUGUGACCGUCGGUUCUUUCCCGAAGUCUCUAUUUUAAAUUCAUCUGUUGUAUAGUUACUCUGUUUUCACUAUUCCUUUGCACUAAUGAGCUAAUACGAUGAAGGGAUUCGAUAAGGAUCCCAUAUAAUUCCUAUUCUAUUCUUACAUUUGGCAUCUGGGAACCCCUUCCAUUCCAAUUUGUGAUUUAAAUUAUGGAUAACGAAAUUCUUGAAUUUGACAUCGGGUUGGGAGGAGAAGGAGAUGGCCUUGGUGACGAUGAUGGAGGGGACAUGGAGCAAACCGUUGAUGAGGACGAUUUGGCCUAUAGCCCCGCUCCUAGCAGUGGUGGUGGAGGUGCUAUUGGUAGUAAUGAGAUAUAUCUUCCUGAGGGUGACCUCUCGGAUCUUGAACCUUACGAGGGCAUGGAAUUCGAGUCUGAGGAGGCCGCGAAGGCCUUCUAUAACUCCUAUGCACGUCGUGUUGGAUUCAGUACCCGUGUCAGCUCAUCCCGCCGUUCCAGGCGUGAUGGAGCUAUUAUACAGAGACAAUUUGUUUGCGCAAAGGAGGGUUUCCGCAAUUUGAAUGAGAAACGCACCAAGGAUAGAGAGAUUAAGCGCCCACGAACCAUCACCAGAGUGGGAUGCAAAGCGUCCUUGUCUGUGAAAAUGCACGACUCUGGCAAGUGGAUCGUUUCGGGGUUUGUUAGAGAACAUAACCACGAACUGGUUCCACCCGAUCAGGUGCAUUGUCUUCGCUCUCACAGACAAAUAUCGGGGGCUGCUAAGACGCUGAUUGACACUUUACAGGCUGCUGGAAUGGGUCCUCGUAGAAUCAUGUCAGCUCUUAUUAAAGAGUAUGGAGGGAUUAGCAAAGUCGGUUUUACGGAGGUUGACUGUCGGAAUUACAUGAGGAAUAAUCGCCAGAGAAGUUUGGAAGGAGAUAUUCAACUUGUUUUGGAUUAUUUGAGGCAAAUGCAUGCUGAAAACCCUAAUUUCUUCUAUGCUGUGCAAGGCGAGGAGGAUCAGUGCAUGAGCAACGUUUUCUGGGCUGAUCCUAAAGCAAGGAUGAACUAUACAUUUUUUGGUGAUACCGUCACUUUUGACACUACUUACAGAUCUAAUAGAUACCGGCUACCCUUUGCUCCCUUCACUGGUGUCAACCAUCAUGGACAACCUGUUCUGUUUGGUUGUGCUUUCAUGAUAAAUGAAUCUGAAGCAUCAUUUGUAUGGCUUUUCAAGACAUGGCUUAUGGCAAUGUCUGGACGUCCUCCAGUUUCAAUAACAACUGAUCUUGACUGUGUGCUAAGGUCAGCCAUAAUACAAGUAUUCCCUGAGACUCGUCACCGUUUCUGCAAGUGGCACAUCUUUAAAAAAUGUCAGGAGAAGUUAUCUCACAUUUUUCUCAAACAUCCUAACUUUGAAGCUGAAUUUCACAAAUGUGUUAACUUGACUGAGUCAAUUGAGGAAUUUGAGUCUUGCUGGUUGACACUUGUUGAUAGAUAUGAUCUAAGGGACCAUGAAUGGCUUCAGUCAAUUUAUUCUUCCCGCAGGCAGUGGGUACCUGUGUAUUUGCGAGACACAUUCUUUGCAGAAAUGUCCAUAACUCAGCGAAGCGAUAGCAUGAACUCAUAUUUUGAUGGCUAUGUCAAUGCUUCCACUAAUUUGAAUCAAUUUUUUAAGCUAUAUGAGAAAGCACUUGAAAGUCGCAAUGAGAAAGAAGUAAGAGCUGAUUAUGACACAAUGAAUACUUUGCCCAUAUUGAGGACCCCAUCUCCCAUGGAAAAACAAGCAUCUGAGCUGUACACAAGAAAAAUUUUCGUGAGAUUCCAAGAAGAGUUAGUUGGGACAUUGACAUUCAUGGCAUCCAAGGCUGAGGAUGAUGGAGAGGUCAUUACAUAUCAUGUUGCAAAAUUUGGAGAGGACCAUAAAGCAUACUGUGUUAAAUUCAAUGUUUUGGAGAUGAAAGCAACUUGUAGCUGCCAAAUGUUUGAAUUCUCAGGUCUUCUUUGCAGACAUGUUUUGGCUGUCUUUAGAGUAACCAAUGUGCUCACUCUCCCAUCUCAUUACAUAUUGAAACGUUGGACAAGAAAUGCCAAGAGCAAUGUAAUAUUAGAAGACCAUUCUACGGAUGUAUAUACUUAUUAUUUGGAAUCUCAUACUGUUAGAUAUAAUACCCUCCGACAUGAGGCCUUGAAAUUUGUAGAUGAAGGAGCAAAGACUCGUGAAAAUUAUGAUAUGGCAAUGGUUGCAUUGCAAGAAGCUGCAAAAAGAGUUGCUGAAGCAAUAAAAACUGAUGGAAGAACUCCCGUCAGCAAUGGAAAAGUUCGGAGUUGUUUGUUGAAUGAUGGAAGUCAUAGAGAGUAUACAAGGGGGAUCCAUGAAGAAAGCUUGAGCCAGCAUAUGUCGGAGGAUGAUAUGGACAAGAAUAUUAGAGAACUGAUGAGUGAGCUUCAAUCUGCAAACCGCAAGUGUGAAAUUUACCGGUCCAACUUGCUUUCGGUUUUGAAAGCUGUUGAGGAUCACAAGUCGGAGUUGUCAGUUACGGUGCAAAACAUCAAGAUUGGCAUGAAGGAUGGUUUUUGAGGAUCACUGAAAAGAUACUGUAAAGAUUACUAUCUUUGCAGUAGAAAAGAACUUUGGAACGUUUUUCUAUGUAAACACCCCCCUUCUCUUUUCUCCUCUUCUUCCUCCUCAGUUAGGUAACGGCGUAGGAAUUUGCAGUAAUUUGAACCCUUUUCUUAGGCCCCUUGUAUUUCUAAAAAGAUGGUUCACUAUGUAUCUUACUUUUGGACUACUGAUGAAGCAUUCAGAAUUGCAGACAUCUAGCGGCUCACACAUUCAUCACAA